AUGGACGAUAGCGAGGCUGGACUAGACGCCGAGACUGAGUCACCCGUGUCGGUGGAGGGUGACCGACUUACCGACAUGCUCAGAGAUUUGUUCAAGAGUGGGGGUUUGGACGACUACGACGAGAUCAUGGAGCACCUCAAGAUCCCGGAUGGAUUCGUUUAUGCUGUCAAAAACUGUGUGGAGCAGAUGGCGAAUGAAAAGUUUAUCGUUGAGAGGAGGAAAAUGGGGGAUGAGAAGAUCGAAAUCUUGAAUGCUGCUGGUCGGUACAUCGAACAUCUUGAGAAGAGAGUAAAGGAUAGCAAGAAGGUGAUUGGCGGUCUUGAGAAGGCCAAGCAUGAUCUUGAGAAGGAAGUAAAGAGGCUCCAAGAAGUGAUAGAUGGGGCUGAGGGGGUUAUGUCCGAACUUGUGGAAAAGGAAAAGGAUGAUAAGAAGCAUAUUCAGGAUCUUGAGGAGAUGGUGCAAGACCUCAGUGACCAGGCCAUGGGCUGA